GAAGUCAACAUGGCGACGGCUCAGGUGUCCACCGACGAUCCCUCAAAACGAAAUGUUAAAGUUUUCAUCCAGAGGGACUACUCGCGCGGAACUGCAUGUCGCUUUCAAAAUAAGUUUCCACCUGAAUUAGAAGGAAAGCUUGAGCGGAGUCAGUUUGAGCAAACAGUCAACCACAUCAAUGAAAUCUUUGAUGAAGCUGAAAAAGUUGGACCUAGAACUUACCUGGAGGGAUGUUUGGGUUGUGUUACUGCUUAUCUUAUUUUCAUGUGCAUACAAACUCAAUACAAUAAGUGUUUAAAGAGACUAGCAGAUUACAUAAAUGAACAGAACCAAAGUGUGUUUAUUCCAAGGGGACUAAUGAUCACCAAUCCCAUGGACAGGGGACUUCGAGUUAUUGAAAUUGUGGUUGUCAGCUCAUCAGAUCAGAGGUGACCUAUUAAGCAAUGUGUGAUUUCUUGGACUUUGAAUCUUCUAAAGCUCAACAUCCUGGUGGUGUUAAAAAUUGUAUUAUCUUGAAGGCUGAGAUACAGUCAAGGACCUAAAUCACUUCUGUUCCUUUAUUUUUUAGGGCAUAGUCGCUAAAAUCUUUACAAACUUUGCCAAUGUUUGCAUGCAAUAGCAAUAUUUUAUUUAGCUUUUUGUAUAUUGAAAUAAAUUAUGAUCAUGUUAUGAUUUUUGAUCAUUAAAUAUGUUAAUUAAAUGAGUUUACUUUCAAUUAGGUGCACUGAAAAUUUCAAGUUACACUCAACUUUUCUCUAGGCAAUUUAUUCUCUGAGCGAUUUAAGUCUAGUAAAUGAUCAUUAUUGUGCAUAUGGUUAAACAGUAGAAAUUCGAUAGAUGUGGAGUGUAAGAUAAUGGAACUCUGCUGUACAUUACUUAUGAUAAAUAACAUUUUAAAGGUGAUACUUGUAACAGUUUAAUGUUUGUAUAUGAUUGGCAUUAACCAAUGAUUGCAUGCUUCAUGGAUAGGGCUGUACUAUGGUGAUGAUUAUACCAGUCUGCACAUAAUCUAAAAGUUGUACACCCAAAACAGCUUUGCAAAACACAUUCUCUAUUUCUACCUGAGGUUAAUUUUGCAUGAUUUUCCUUUUAUAAGGACACAAACACAUAUCUGUGAUAGGACAGAACUGCCCUGAUUAUUAUUGCUCGCAAGUGUGAACAUGCCAGUCAGACAGUGUAUCAGUAUUGUUAUCCCUUUCCUUGUUUGGAUAAUAUUUAAUUUAAUAAAUCUGUAUUUGUCACAAUUUACAUUCAAGGUCAUCACUUAGAAACCAGAUGCUCUGAAAACACUCAUGCUAAAUGUUAAAAGUAAAUCAGCUAAGAAAUUCAGAAGCAUGUUUAUCUACUAGGUAUUGUCAAAAGACAAUGUAUGUUAAGUUACUUCUGAAGAAAGUGAUAUAUCAAAAAAAGGAGUGUUCACAUGUAUGCGUGAGCAAUUUUUUUGGUUCACAUGCUUGUUUUUACUUGAUUGAGGUAGAUCUGUACAUGUAUUUAUUUUUGUUAAAAACAACUCAAAUACUGUAUUCAAUGGUGCUCUUAAUUCAUUGUUGAAAUAAACAAUAGGUUUAUUAUUUUUAUGA